AUGUUAAAUGAUUUUCAACACAAAGGUGAUUUUGACUUUUUAUAUUCAAACAACACUAUUGACACGUUAUUAUACACAAGCCCAUUCAAAGUACUUUUAGAUAGUCACUUAUUACGAUAUGGUGAUUCAGAUAAGAUAUAUUGUCAUGUGAACCACACAGAAGACACACAAUAUCCAUAUUACAUCGAAAGUUAUUGCCCACUCACUGAUGCAUACAUCACACCAAUUGACACCUUUUAUCAAAUGAAAGUCAAAGUAGAUGCGCCCAAACAGAAUUCAAUUGUUAAAAGCGCAGAAAACGAAGAAAAUGUUAUUGUAAUUGGAAACCAAAAAUACGACCUGUCACUCACCGAAUUUAUUGAGAUUGAGAUGGAAUCCGACAAACUAAUUGUUUUAGAUAAUAUUAUGAUAACAAAAAACAUGUUUUUUGUUGCAGCGAAUGGGUUUGAAUACAACAACACGUCGUGUAAGUUGGGGUAUUUCCAAAACGGCUUUUUCAUCUGUCAAAAUCAUUUACCAUGUUCAAAUGGUGGUAAGACCACUGAUGGAAGAUGUGCAGCAUGUCAAGUCAUAAAUUGUGUGAUGUGUGAUGGCGAUAAAGGCAAAUGUAUGAAAUGCAAAGAGAAUUUGACAUAUAAUACCAAUACAAACACAUGUGAAGAAUACACAAACUGCCUUUCAUUUACAGAAGACAAGUGUCUUCGAUGUAAUGAUGGCUUUGUAUUUGAAGGUAACAAUUGUGUUGAUAUCACCAAAGACAACCGAAAUUGCCAGAUAAAAGUCGGCGUUCCAUCAGAGUGCAGAUUGUGUGAUUUAACAAACACGACAUUAAUCAACAGCAAUGGAGUUUGCAAUGGGUUUUAUGUACAAGACAACAUGUGUAACAACUGCACAAUUAACAACGAAGGAAGUUUGUUGUGUUCAUUUAAAAACACCGAGAAGUGUGACAAAACGUAUUAUGUGAAAGAAGAUGGCAGUGUCUGUGUCAAAAAUGUGUGUUCAGAAGGAAUAAAUAACGAAGAAAAUGGGAAGUGUGCACCACAAAUAGACAACUGCAUAAAGUAUGUGAAUGGCAGGUGUGUCGAAUGUUCUUCAAAGUACUCAUAUGAUGGCAAUGUGAGUUGUGUUGAGCCAUCAACAGUUGAUGUGAACUGUGGAAUGGCAACUCCGGUUGGGUGUAUCAGAUGUGAUGGAAAUACCUUCCUGAAUGUAAUGACACACAAAUGUGAGACGUGCAACUCAAAUUGUGAAAGUUGUUUGGAUUCAACUAAGUGCCUGUCAUGUGUAGAUGGGUACUUUUUGAGUAACCACAUCUGCAAAUCGAAUGACGCUUUGAAUGACACUUGUGCACGAAAAGUACCAAAUGGGAACGGCUGUUUGUGGCUGUUCAUGUGUAAAGACGGGUAUUACACAGUCAAUGGAAAUGAGUGUCAGAAGUGUGUUGAAAGGUGUGCAAAGUGUUCAGAACAAUAUCGGUGCACAUCAUGUGAUGACACAUUUGUGCUCAAAAGCACCAGUUGUGUGAGUUAUAACACCAUCACAAAGUGCACAAAAACAAAAGAUUCAAAAUGUUCAUCAUGUACAUUUUGGUAUUCACCGAGUGACGAUGGCACAUUUUGUUCGAAAACGGCAGUGUGGUGGGUGAUACUUCUUAUAGUUGUUGUUAUCAUCGCCAUUCUUGUGUUGGUCACAGUGUUGGUCUUCUUUGUAAUGGUUAAAGUCAUUAAGAACAAAAGAGAUACCAGUGGACUCACACUCUUCAAAUUAAAGCACACAAAUAUGACUUUUGUUGAGAUGGCAGACGGUCUGACAAUUCACACCAGAAAUGAAGGAUUUGUGAUCACCGACGAUGACUUGGACGAGGACAAAAUUGAUGUCAACAAAGAAAUUAAGAAUCUGUUUUCUAUUGGCAACACAACAAACCAUAAAGUCAAGAUUCAGUUCACUUCUAAAACAAAUGAGAAGUACUAUAUUUCAUUUUACCCACAGAUAAUAACAAUUCCUCCAAAUUAUGGGUGCGAGUUCAGUCUCUUUUUGACGCCACUGUGCAACUCGACUAUGGACAGCAGUUUUGUGAUCAAUUAUUUUAUCUUUGCAAAUGACUCCGAAACGUGUACACAUCAGAUGGACUUUAAGUACAUCACCAAAAUAUCAACACGACUUGAUCCAGACAGUUUAAUUGAAGAGAAACAAAUCAGUGUAGGCUCUUUUGGUGUUGUCUUCAAAGGAAAAUUGGGAAGGAAUACAGUUGCUAUCAAAAAGAUGAAAAACGCCACCGACUCAAAAGACCAAAUGGCUGAAUUUGAGAAAGAAGUGUCAAUGCUUGAUAAAUUUAGGUGUGAUUAUAUCAUAUGUAUGGUCACUGAAUUUGCUGAGUUUGGGUCUGUGUGUGAUAUGUUGAAAAACAAAGACGCAAAAGAUGUGGAUAUGAAAUUGCGAAUCAAAAUGUGUUUAGACGCAACAAAGGGGGUGUCUUAUUUACAUAAAAAUGGAAUACUUCACAGAGACAUCAAACCAGACAAUGUAUUAUUAUUUUCAUUGAAUCCAAACGAUGUUGUGAACGGCAAAUUGACUGAUUUUGGAUCAAGCAGAAAUAUUAACAUGAUGAUGACUAACAUGACAUUCACAAAAGGUAUCGGAACACCAAUUUACAUGGCACCUGAAGUGUUAAAUAAAGAAAAGUAUAAAAUGCCUUGUGAUAUUUAUUCACUUGCAAUUUCAUUCUUUGAAAUCAUUGGAUGGGCAGAACCAUUUCCUAAAAAGAGGUUCAAACAUCCAUGGGAAAUAGCAAACUUUAUCGGGAAAGGAGACCACCUCACUUACAAUGAAAACUUUGGCAUUGAGACACAAGAAAUGAUAAACUCUAUGUGGGAUAUCAAACCUAAAAAACGAAUUUUAUGCGACGAAAUUGUGAAAAGACUCGAAACCAUUUUUUCCAAAUUCCAAUAA